UACGGAACAUGCGCACAGAGAUCUUUCUUUUUCUAAGGCCUGCGGUGUUCAAACCCAGUCUUGCGACUCCUGUCUCUCGGCAAACGGAGGGCGACAAGGCUGAGAAAUGGGUUUUGUCAAAGUUGUGAAGAACAAAUCCUAUUUUAAGAGGUACCAAGUCAAGUUCAGGAGGAGGAGAGAGGGCAAAACUGACUACUUUGCCCGGAAGCGCCUAGUCGUUCAGGAUAAAAACAAAUACAAUACUCCAAAAUACAGGAUGAUUGUGCGAUUUACCAACAGGGAUAUCAUCUGUCAGAUUGCCUAUGCUAAAAUUGAAGGUGAUAUGAUUGUCUGCGCAGCCUACUCCCAUGAACUACCCAAGUAUGGAAUCUCUGUUGGGUUGACCAACUAUGCUGCUGCUUAUUGCACCGGUCUGCUAAUGGCCCGCAGGCUGCUGAACAAGUUUGGCUUGGACACAGUCUAUGAAGGCCAGGUUGAGGUGACAGGUGAUGAAUAUAAUGUUGAGAGCAUUGAUGGCAAACCUGGAGCUUUUACCUGCUACCUAGAUGCUGGACUGGCAAGGACCACAACUGGCAACAAGGUGUUUGGUGCCCUGAAAGGUGCCGUUGAUGGUGGUCUCUCGAUUCCACACAGCACCAAACGAUUCCCAGGCUAUGACAGUGAGAGCAAGGAGUUCAAUGCCGAGGUUCACCGCAAACACAUCAUGGGAGUGAAUGUGGCUGAAUACAUGCGCUACUUAAUGGAAGAGGAUGAGGAGGCUUAUAAAAAGCAAUUUUCCAGGUUCAUUAAGAAUGGCGUGACUCCUGAUAAAAUGGAGGAAAUGUAUAAAAAUGCCCAUACUUCCAUCCGGGCUAAUCCUGUUCAUGAAAAGAAGCCCAAGAAGGAAGUCAAAAAGAAGAGGUGGAAUCGUGCCAAGAUGUCCCUGGCCCAGAGAAAAGAUCGUAUUGCUCAGAAAAAGAGAAGCUUCCUCAGAGCCCAAGAACAGGCUGCUGCCGACAGCUAAUAUGGUGGCUUCUGUUUCAGAAUGUUCCUCAAGAUUGUUUAAUAAAUAUUUUCACAACGUC